ACUCACUCUGGCGGCGGAACAGACGGCAGAGGCGCAGACCCACCGACGCACCCCGCCCUUAAGCCUCCCGCACGACGCAACCCCGGAGCGCAACCCGGUUAAAGGCAGAGCGGCGGAGCCACCUGUGCAAAUGGAGCGGACGCUUUAAAACGGAGGAGGAGGAAGGAGACGCCAGCGGCAUGGAGGAGAGGAGGCUGUGGGUGAUGUAGCUGCAGCCUGCUGCCGCAUUGCUUGCCUGGCCUCCUCCGAGCGGGAGAAGAAGAAGAAGUAGUAGCAUCCGGGCGAGGAAAAUUUGUGAACUGGCUCCCGCCGAGAUGACUCACCUGCAGGCCGGCCUGUCGGCGGCCACCCUGGAGAAGGCCAAAGCGGAACUGAAGGAGAACCCGGACACUCUCCACCAAGACAUCCAGGAAGUGCGCGACAUGAUCAUCACGCGGCCGGACAUCGGCUUCCUGCGCACCGAUGACGCCUUCAUCCUCAGGUUCCUGCGGGCCAGGAAGUUCAACCACUUUGAGGCCUUCCGACUGCUGGCCCAGUACUUUGAGUACAGGCAGCAGAACCUGGACAUGUUCAAGAACCUGAAGGCUACCGACCCCGGGAUCAAGCAGGCGCUCAAGGAUGGAUUCCCCGGCGUCCUGGCCAACUUGGACCGACACGGGAGGAAGAUUCUGCUCCUCUUUGCCGCCAACUGGGACCAGAGCAGGUACAUGUUCGUGGACAUCCUGAGGUCCAUCCUGCUGUCUUUGGAAUCCAUGAUCGAGGACGCCGAGCUGCAGGUGAACGGCUUCAUCCUGGUCAUCGACUGGAGCAACUUUACCUUCAAACAAGCGUCCAAACUCACGCCCAGCAUGCUCAGGCUCGCCAUCGAGGGCCUACAGGACAGUUUUCCCGCCCGCUUCGGAGGAAUCCAUUUUGUCAACCAACCGUGGUACAUUCACGCUCUCUAUACCGUCAUCAGGCCCUUCCUCAAGGAUAAAACCAGGAAGCGGAUCUUCCUGCACGGCAACAACCUAACCAGCCUCCAUCAGCUGCUGCAACCCGAAAUCCUACCGUCAGAGUUGGGCGGAAUGAUGCCGCCGUACGACAUGGGAACUUGGGCCAGAGCGCUCUUGGAGCACGCUUACGACGAGGACGCCGAACCGGACGGCGCACCUGACGGCGGAGGGCUGGAAGCCUUCGCCUUUUUGGAUGGGGACAAAAAUCUCUCGCCCAGAAACAUGAAAAGAUCUCAGUCCGUGGUGGAACCAGGCGUCCUGAAGCGACCGGAUAAGGUCAAAUGUGACGAGGACAACAUGCAGCCGCUACUGUCGCUGGACUAAAAAACUGGAAAACUUCGUCUACAAGCUUUCUUUCCACUUUUGACACGUCGGUGGACUUCCGUGUUUCUUUGUCAAAUGCCAAGUCCUCAAAAGUCCAAUUAGGACUGUUGUCUCGGCGACAAACAAGACAUUUUGGACGGGAGUACGACGGCUCCGGAUGCGAACGACGGACCAGCAAACCUCCCUUUAUGGAAAAAAAUGGAUUUGAUUUGCUUCCGAUCAACAUCUCGCUUUACAUCAGCCUCUGUUUUGCGUUUCGGGUGACCAAAAUGGUGAGCAAAAAAAUGUCUAAAAGGAAAUUUCCCUAUUCCUAGAUUUCCCACAUUCAGUCCAGUGUCUGCUUUUUAGUCAUCAUUGAAAAGAAAGUGAAAUUUAUAAAUGUCAGGGGUCUCAAACUCAAUUUAUUGGGCCUGCAUCAAGGAUCCCCUAAAAAAAGGGACUAACUUUGGCUAGCUUGUUGGUUAAACACCAUCAAAAUGAUUGUUAGCUAGCUCACGGGAGACCGGUUGAAAAACACUGCACUAUACUAGUAUAACAUAAAUAUAUACACAGGUAGUCCCCGGUUUACGACGGACCCGACUUGCGCGAUUUCGACUUUACGACGCAGAUGUUUUGGCUGCCAUUUUUUCAGUCGAGUAACAGUGCCGCAUCCGCCAUUUUAUCGCCAGUUGCGCUCUUUUCACUCAUUUUUUUACCUUAUUUUAUUAAUAUGAUGUAAAAUACAUGUUUUUGGAUAGUUUCUUUUAAUUAAGAGGGUGUUUAGAGCAAGGGUUUGGUCUCAACAUUGAUAGAGACGAUGGAACAGCAUAACCUGCAUGUACACCUUUUGCUUGGGAUGGGACUUAAUGGGACCAAACAUACUGGGUGAAUGGGGGUCCAGUUUACAUUUCUCACCAAUAUGAGCCAAAUUAAUUGGCUAAUUGAUCAAUACAAAAUAAAUAUUGACUUUCAAGUGUAUUGGUUCAGGUGAUACACCCUUCGAUUUAAACCUUUGUUUUCAAAAACUACCAAAGAAACGUUUUGAAAACUUCCAGAAUAAAUGUAUGUAUUUUAUUAGCAAAUUUAAAUAGCAAUAUUUGAGCACAAAUUAUAUUAACAUACACAAGAAAUACAUACUUGUUAAACAUCAAUUAAGUAUCUACAGUGCCCUCCAUAAUUAUUGGCACCCCUGAAAAAGACGUGUUUUUUAGCUUCUAAUAUUUUUUUGAAAUUCAAAUAAUAUGGGACCUUAAUGGAAAAAAAGAGAAAAAUCCAUUCUUCAAUACAAGUACAUUCAUUCAGUGGGGAAAAAAAUCCCACACAAAGAAAAAAUAUUUGACAUCAAAUAAUGUGUGUCACAAUUAUUAGCACCCCUGGUGUUAAUACUUUGUACAACCCCCUUUUGCCAACAAAACAAGGUCUGGGGACUGAGAUGGCCAUGGGAGGAGCUUGAUUUUGUGUCUGGUGAACCAUUUUUGUGUAGAUUUGGCCAUAUGUUUAGGGUCAUUGUCUUGCUGAAAGACCCAGUGACGACCCAUCUUCAGCUUUUGGGCAGAGGGCAACAGAUUUUGAUUUAAAAUGUCCUGGUAUUUCAAAGCAUUCAUGAUGCCAUGCACCCUAACAAGGUUCCCAAGGCCUUUGGAAGCGAAACAGCCCCACAGCAUCACUGACCCACCCCCAUACUUCACAGUGGGUAUGAGGUGCUUUUCAGCAUACGCAUCUUUGUGGCACGCCAGACCCACUUAGAGUGUUUGUUGCAAAAAAGCUCAGCUGGGACCGUGUGUAUUUUUGUGUGAGACCAAGAUUGCUAACCCUAACCCAAAUCAACAGGAAAUGACCAGAUAUCAAUAGGACGUGACCCCCAAAUGUCCCAGGUUCCAUUGACGCAUAUGGAAGUAAAUGCCAUUGACGUCCAUGGACGUCCAAAUUUCCAAUUCAUUUUCAAUGGCAUUUACUUUAAUGCCAUUGACGGCCAUGUUUGUCGAUUCUAUUGAUGCCAAUGUACUUGAAUUCCAUUGACGCGACUGUAAGUCGAUGCCAUUGACGGCCAUGGACGUCCAAAUUUCCCAUUCAUUUUCAAUGGCAAAAAAUAAAUAUCCCCAAAUCAACAAGAAGUGACCUGAUAUUGUCCCUAAAAUGUCCCCGAACAAAAUUGGGCUGGGCUAAGAUCUGUAUCUCCACACAGCAAAGACCCAGAGUAAUUUCUCCAGAAAUUUCAGCUUCUAGUUUUCUCAGCUGUUCAAAUACUUAUUUGCAGCUGUAUCACACAAAUAAAUCGUCCCAAAAAAUAACAUACAUUGUGAUUUCUAGAUUUUGCUUUUUAGAUUAUCGCUCUCACAAUGGACACGCACCUACAAUGAAAAUUUCAGACCCCUCCAUGAUUUCUAAGUGGGAAAACUUAUAGCAGGGUUUUCAAAUGCUUAUUUUCUUCAUGUUAGUUAGAAGUUUCCCAUGUUGGUUCUUAUGAGGCUUAGUUUUGAAUUAUGUCAGUAUUGGUCCACUCCUGUGUUAAUAAGUGUAUUGAAAAAUUUUUUAAAUCAUUGCGAUUAAAAAUUUCCAAGGUCCAUGGGCCGCAAGUUUGAGACCCCUGACGAAUGGAAAAAAAAAAAAAAAAUUACAGAAAAAAAGACAGGAAACACAUUUUUAUUCCCAAAACCCCCCCACUUUACCUCACAGUGACUUUUAUUUAUUUCUUGGCAGUAUUCGACACAAGCGUUUGUUCAUUUUGAAGAAAUGUAACGACCAUGAUUUGAAUAGUUCAGCGUUUCGAAUGUUCUCCGUCACAUUGUUACACAAAUAUUUCUUUCUAAAGCGCAGGCAGCUACAGUAUUUUGUUCUUCUUCCGACAUGAAUUGUAUCGAUUUCAUUUGACUUGCUUUACGUCUUCCACGCGCACAAAUAAGCGUCAUCGUGAUUGUUUAUAAACACUAGAAAACCAUAUUUCACACUCUUGUAUAUGUAUGAACAGAUAAGACUCACUUUUGAUUGACGACUGUAUUAAAGUAGUAUUACAAGCACAACAAUAUUUAUAAUGAAAAUAUUCGUCAAUAAAUAACCUUCGGAUAGCGUCAAUCAAAAGUCAGGUCAUAUUUUUGCAUUGGAUGUCACCUAAUAUUGCAGUUAUUACUCACUGUAUGUCAUAUAUUAUUUCGUAUUGAUGGUGUAAAGCUGCAUGAGGCUAUUAAGUGUUAUGAUUAGUAAUAUUCACUGACAUAAUGUUUGUUUUGCGCAGCCAAAGUUUUUUUAAUAAUCCGUCUGAACGACACUUUAUUUUAUCCCUGAACCGGUCGCCGACCAUUCGCGCUCAAAGUGAACGUUUCUCAAAAGACAAAAUGUCCUCCGUUUUGCCGACGCGUCAACAUAAAGACGUGGUGCAGUUUUUUCCAAAAUGGUGGUCGCUGAUUUGAAUUGCUAACCAAAACAGAAGCACCUAGUUAUGCCACUCUGCGUUUCUUUUUUGGUUUUGGAUUAACAUUGGCCACCAUUGACAGCAAUAGACGUCAAUUGCAGCGAAUGGGUUAAUAUUAUACCUAUUUUAAUCAUUUCACUACGGAGCCCCUGAAGGAACAUCGACAGAAAUAAAAUAAAUUUCAAACAUCUGGUGCGCACCAGCAUUUAAGAUAGCGGACUUUUGCUAUGUUAUUCAUUUUUUUAUAUCAUUUGAGGCUAAGCUCAGGCGCUAGUUAAGUGCAAGACUGAAGUAAAGCUCAACUAAAUCCUGUAUUAUCAUUUUUAGCACGGCAAAACCGCUGGUGUCUGAUGCGUGCCUGAGCUACGCCUUAAACAAUUAAUAAUGAGGAUCUAACAAAAGAACAAUUGGCUAACUUGCAGAGCAAAAGUCCGCUAGCUUAAAUGCUAUAUAAGGCUAAUGUUUACCAGAUGGUAUGUGGUGCGCACAAGAUUGUCUCAAGUGCGCACCAGAAACAAAUUGAAAAAAACUGGUAAACAUUAGCAUUAUAUAGCAUUUAAGAUAGCGGAUUUUGCUGUGCAAGUUAGCCAUUUUUUCUUUUGUAAGAUCCUCAAAAAAAAUAAUAAAUAAGGCUACAUAGUAAAGGUUUGCUAGCUUAAAUGCAAUAAAAUGCUUAUGUUCACCAAAUUGUUUCUGGUGCGCACUAGAAACAAUUUUUUGCGCACCAGAAACAAUCUUGUAAACAUUAGAAUUAUAUAGCAUUCAAGUUAGCAAACCUUUACUAUGUAAGUUAGCCAACUGUUCUUUUGUAAGAGCCUUUAUUUUUCUUAAUGUAGUUUAAGGCUAAACUCAAGCGCAAGUUGGGUCCAAGAUUGAAGUAAUGCUAAACUAAAGCUUGUAUUAACAUUUUUAGCACGCCGAAACUGCUAGUGUCCGAUGCGCGCCUGAGCUUCGCCUCAAAUGAUAUAAAAAAAUUAAUAAUGACCUAACAAAAGAACAAUUGGCUAACUUGCAUAGCAAAACUCCGCUAGUUUAAAUCCUAUAUAAUGCUAAUGUUUACCAGAUUGUACCAGAAACAAUUUGGGAAACAUUAGCAUCAUAUAGCAUUUAAGAUAGCGAACUUUUGCUAUGCAAGUUAGCCAACUGUUCUCUUGUAAGAACCUCAUUUAUUUAUUUAGGAUCUUACAAAAGAACAAUUGGCUAACUUGCAUAGCAGAAGUACGCUAGCUUAAACGCUAUAUAAUGCUAAUGUUUACCAGAUUGUUUCUAGUCAGAAACAAUCUGUGAAACAAUCUGUUGCGCACUAUACACAGUCUGGUGCGCACCAGAAACAAUCUUGUAAACAUUAGCAUUAUAUAGCAUUUAAGCUAGCGUACUUUUGCUAUGCAAGUUAGCCCAUUGUUGUUUUGUAAUAUCCUCCUUUAUUUAUUUAUUUUUUUAAAUAUUAUUUAAAGCUAAGCUGAAGCGCUAGUUGAGUCCAAGAUUGAAGUAAAGCUAAACUAAAGCCUGUAUUAUUAUUUUUAGCACGCCGAAACUGCUAGUGUCCGAUGCGCAUCUGAUCUUCGCCUCAAACGAUAUAAAAAAAUUAGUAAAUGACCUAACAAAAUAACAAUUGGCUAACUUGCAUAGCAAAAGUCCGCUAGCUUAAAUGCUAUAUAAUGCUAAUGUUUACCAGAUAGUAUGUGGUGUGCACCAGAUUGUCUCUAGUGCGCACCAGAAACAAUUUGGGUAACAUUAGCAUUAUAUAGCAUUUAAGCUAGGGAACUUUUGCUACGCAGGUUAGCCAAUUGUUCUUUUGUAAGAACCUCAUUGAUUUAGGAUCUUACAAAAGUACAAUUGGCUAACUUGCAUAGCAAAAGUACACUAGCUUAAAUGCUAUAUAAUGCUAAUGUUUACCAGAUUGUUUCUAGUCAGAAACAAUCUGUCGCGCACUAUACACAGUCUGUUGCGCACCAGAAACAAUCUCAUAAACGUUAGCAUUAUAUAGUACUUAAGCUAACGGACCUUUGCUAUGCAAGUUAGCCAAUUGUUCUUUUGUAAUAUCCUCCUUUAUUUAUUUAUUUAUUUAAUUAUUUAUAUAUUAUUUAAAGCUAAGCUCGAGCGCUAGUUGAGUCCAAGAUUAAAGUAAAGCUCAACUAAAUCCUGUAUCAUCAUUUUUAGCACGCCAAAACUGCUGUUGUCCGAUGCGCGCCUGAGCUUCGUCUAAAACGAUAUAAUAAAAUUACUAAAUGAAGAUCUUACAAAAGAACAAUUGGUUAAUUUGCAUAGAAAAGUCCGCUAGCUUAAAUGCUACACAAUGCUGAUGCUUACAAAUUGUUUCUGGUGUGCACCAGAUGGUUUAAAUUUAUUUUAUUUCCGUCGAUGUCCCUUUAGGAGCUCCGUAUUUCACCCAGAAAACGCAAGUACUAUUGUACUUGCGUAAUAACAUGCUAUUAAAUAAAAAUAAAUUGUCUUAUUUUUAUAAUUGUUUAAAGUACAAAUGUGCGUACUAGUUUCCUAACACACAAAGAGUAGUUCGUAUUAUGAAUGUGAUAACAAAUACUCGACUCGUGGCACACGACUUAAGGUUUUAUUCAAAUGAAUCUUGUUUCUUUGUGAAUAAGUGACCAAAAAAAAAAACAGCAGCAGUGUUAUAAUUUAUUUUGUAAUAUGAAUAUUUGAUGCCUCUUUGUUAAAGUGGAUGGUUCAUAUGUUUCAUAUUUAAAGGAACAUGAACUUGUGCAACAAACCGCUUCCUCUUUCAACUUGUAUGAACUCUUAAAAAUUAAAUAAAAACAAAAGUAUUCACAUCUGAAUUCACAC